AUGGGUUCUUGUAAAGAACAAGAACAAGGGUUUAAUCAUGCAAAGUGUUUUGAGGUUCUUGGACCUAUCAUUGUAGGUGCUGGACCAUCUGGUUUAGCAGCCGCAGCUUGCCUUUCUCAACAAGGCGUACCUUCUCUGAUUCUUGAAAAAAGUGAUUGCAUAGCGUCGCUGUGGCAACGAAAAACCUACGAUCGCUUAAAACUUCACCUUCCUAAACAGUUUUGUGAGCUCCCACUUCUUGGUUUCCCUGAUAAUUUCCCUAAGUACCCUACAAAAGGCCAAUUCAUUUCAUACAUGGAGGCUUAUGCUUCGCAUUUCAAAAUCCGGCCUAAAUUCAACCAAACUGUCAAAAAGACAGAAUUUGACGACACUAAUGGGGUUUGGAGGCUACAAACGCAAGACCUUGAGUACCGUUCUAGAUGGCUUAUUGUUGCUACUGGUGAGAAUGCUGAGCCUGUAAUACCUGAAAUACCUGGUUAUCACAAGUUUAACGGUACUAUUCUGCAUACAAGUCAUUACAAGUCUGGUUCUAGGUUCAAGAACCAAAGGGUCUUGGUUAUCGGGUGUGGCAAUUCAGGGAUGGAAGUUAGCUUAGACCUUUGUAGGCACAAUGCAAUCCCUCAUAUGGUUGUUAGAAACACAGUGCAUGUUCUACCUAGAGAGAUGGUUGGGAUCUCAACCUUUGGAAUAGCCAUGGCACUUCUAAAGUGGUUACCUUUAAGAUUAGUCGACAAGUUUUUACUUCUAGUAGCCAAUUUCAUCUUAGGCAACACAGACCAAUUAGGCCUCAAACGACCAAAAACAGGCCCAAUUGAGCUCAAGAAUGUCACUGGAAAGACACCAGUGUUGGAUGUUGGUGCAUUAUCACAAAUUAAGUGUGGCAAAAUUAAGGUGAUGAAAGGUGUGAAGGAGAUAACAAAAAACGGGGUCAAAUUUAUGGAUGGACAAGAAAAGGAAUUUGAGUCUAUAAUCUUAGCAACAGGGUACAAAAGCAAUGUGCCUACUUGGCUCAAGGGAUGUGAUUUUUUCACGAAAGAUGGUAUGCCCAAAACACCUUUUCCUAACAGCUGGAAAGGAGAAAAUGGACUAUACACGGUUGGCUUUACAAGAAGAGGUCUUCUAGGAACAGCCUCUGAUGCUGUUAAAAUUGCAGAGGACAUAGCUGAUCAAUUGAAGACAAUCAAGGGCAAAAAUAAAUCUUGUAGUAAUUCCCAUGUUAUCAUACUUAGAAAAUCAUGA